UUUUUUUUUUUUUUUUUUUUUUUUUUUUUUUAGAUUUCAUAACCUUUGGGACUAGGCCUAGUGAUACUUUUAACUAAUACUCAGGUGACCGGUAAGCUUGCCUGUUGGCCUCUUGCUCUUGAAAUCAAUGAGUGCAGCUGAUGGGGAUUCGACUGUAUUUUAUAGAUGUUGACCAAUCACCAUCCAGAAAUUCCCCUCCUAACUCGUAAUUUUAUUCUGGGGAGGGGUCAUAUAUUCGGUCUAAGAUUACAAUAGCUCCUUCCUCUCCGUCCCGCACCUGAGAAUGAAUGUAGGCUACGCUUCUUGUAAACGGUCUGUACAAUGCUAUAUAUACACUGUACAUGAUCUGGCUUUUGGGUGAAAUGUCAAGGUCACUAGAGAGGAACCACAUAGUUGCCCGGGUUUUUAGAAUCCCAGGAGAAAAUUGAGAAUUGAAUUAAGAAUGUGCAUAUAAUGACUAAGAAAGUCAUUGCACGGCAACUCGCUUAUCGAGCGCGUUUUUCCGGAUUUAUUUUAUCUGUGCCGUCUCCGGGCCUUUCAUAACGAAUUUUAUCGACCAAGCAUCCAUUAUUUUCAAUGGAAGAUAUUGACAGCGGUGCCGGUGAUAUGUCGAAGAGGGAGUAGCGUCAUUAAUAUUAUAAUAUUUUCCUUAAUUAACAUCAGAAGCAGUGUGGCUGUAUAUGAGUGUAUGAUCGCUACGUGUGCCAUCGUUUACCACGCAAAACUACCUCACCAACUUGCACGAGCUGCCAAGGGUUGUAUUUGAUUUUAGCUACGGGCAUUAAGAUCUGUUUAUGCAGACACUGGAUUAUUUAUUAUAAACUUUGUUUUUACUGUGCUUUUAUGACUCUGGUUUAUGUAGCAAGUUAUUAAGAUGAGUACUCGUACACCAGUCAAAAAAGUUCCCAUUCAUCUCCAGGUAAGGCUCAAUAUUCCUUGUCAUAAUGUAGUAGACACUUGCUACUUGCAAUAAUUCGCAACAUGCGUAUGGUGUGAUGAAUAUAAUUCAUAGAUUAUAAUUUUUUAUGUAUAUUAUCUUAAUCGGUAACGUUUACUUUGUGGAAGCGAGUAAUUUUUUUGUUCAAAUUGUUGUAGUUCAUGAAAUGGAGCUUCACAGUUUCAUGAGAUGUUGUAUGAGAUAUGUGCAAGCAAUGAAAAUGUGUAACAUAAUUUCAAGACUGCUAACUCAUGAGGUCAUGUGUGUAGAGUCAGGCUCCUCCCAGGACUGUAACGCGGCUUUCUAAAAUUUUUGUAAUAACAUUUGACUGAAGUUUUGCGGUAUGUGAUGUGCUGUAGGAUUUCCUUUAACACGAUUUCACUGUAAGUCCUGUUUUUGUGACAUCUGGUAUCAGUGCAACAGAUGGAAGGGGUUUAGUUGUAUAUAUCUUUCUUAAUUACAAAACUGCCACAAUUCAGUGAAAGUUCUGCUGAUGUAAAGUAAGAAGCCACAAAAACUCUGGAAACAGUUGCCUAAAAUUUAUUUAUAUAUACAUUACACAUAUGUACGUGUGCAUAUGAAUAUCAGAAUGGAAUCGUUUGAUGCAUCAAAGCAACUUGCAACAUAGAAGCAUCAUGCCACACAUGUAAUGAAAUUUCAAUGAUUAUAGAAGUUUCCUUUCAUAUAUAAGCAUUUUUGUAUGCAGUAGUAGUUUGUACACUAUUUGCCCAGUCACAUGUUUGGCUGUAAUAAAAAUCAAAUAAGACACUGUGAUCUGGGACUGUGAACAUAUCUGCUCUAACUGAUGUACUGUGUCAUUGUACCAUGUGUAUGCAAUGUAAUGGAGCAAGUGCCUAAUUUGUUUUCCUACUGGUGGUUUGCAUGUUGGCAGUGGUUAUCAGGGGGGAAUCAGAUUAGGUACUGUUCCCCAUUAUUCUCACAUUUUUACAACCAGUGUAAACAGUAUUGAUUCUGGAAACAUGUCAGUCAUUUGCUUGCUGUAACCUCCAGGCCUAGAGCACCCACACUAUAUAAAUCAAUAUCAGCCUAGAUAUCAAACAGGUACUUAUCAUGAAUAAAUACAGGACUCUUUAUAUUAGAACAAUUAAGUAAUUUUUGUAAUGCACAAAAUGAUGAUGAACAGAUAUUGGUAUUCUUAAGAGGACGCUGGAGAAGUAUGAAUUGAUGCAGACAAAAAGAAGUGCUCAGAUGAGUCAUUGUUAGUAAAUUUCUGUUCUCAAUCCUAUUCUGGGUGUAAGUCAUCCCACAAUUAAGGAAAUGUUUAGAUUAGAGGGAAGUAUUGUGUCAAUGUAAGACUCGGAUUCUAUUUAGUUUUAAUAAGCAUAGCUGUUUCCAACUGUAUUUUUACUAACAUUUUAGAUUUCCAUGAACAACACUUGGAUACAUACAUUUGUAGUACACCAUUAACAUGUUCUGUGUUAAAUUCAGUUUUUAUGCAUAUGUAAUAAAGCUGCAAUAAUAGUGGUCUUCCAACCUCUGGGACAUAAUUAAUUGGGUAUUCCAUGCCACUCUUUCCAUGAAUCUCAGACACGUGUGUAUUCCUUUAUCAACACCUGUUGCCCUCCCACUAGUUUAUCUUCCUGAUGCUUCCGUACAAUCUUCCACAUUCCUGAAGUUCACCAAAAUAUUCAACAUUUUAUUUGAAUAAACUCUUCUCUAAAAAUAUUGAGGUUCUGUGUUGUGUAGGGAUAGCGCUAAACAGCAGCUCAAGAAUUUAAUUAGAAUCUUCAGAAAGCCCUGCCAUCAAAUGCUGGUAUUGUAUCAACUAUCUGUUGAAUGGGAAAAUUUCCAAAAGUAUUUCCUGUUAGUUGCUCUUCCCAGGGGUGAAGAGGGAGGGGGUGGGGUCUUAUCACGAAUGAAACAAAUGUGCUCAAGCAUUCUGAAACAGUUUCAACUUGUUUUAACAACAUGAUACUCACAUACAUGACCUGUUUUGUGCUGCUUUAUCAGACCCCUGUGGUCAGGAAUGAAAUUGCCCCUUAAGUUUUGUUUGGAAAUUUUGCAGAAGCCAUGGUUUUGGUAAGACAUUGAUUUCUCGUUGCUAUUGAUUUUAUGGCCAGAUAAUAACUGUCCGGUCAGUAGUAAAUUCAGCUGUAUAUAUUGUUUGUUCGCAGAAUUCUGUACAUGUGUACUUAUUGUUGAUUAGUGUAUUUAAAAUAUGAAGGAACAGGUGUCAUGUACUAAUUGGUGAAAUCAUGAUUUAGUACUUCUGUGUAAUUUAUUUUUGAUAAAAUUAUAAUUUUUCAUAUUUUAGUGCAGACUAAGGUGCUGAAUUAUGAAUCCUGCUAAAUUAAGAACAUAUGUGCAUGGUCUUCACGGUCAUAUAACACUUGAUGUUCUCAUCUGUUUUUGCAUGGACGUGAUAACGAAUCGCAUUGUGGACCAGCAUAUUAUAACCAGUCCGUGGAUAUAAAAAUUCAUUGAAGACAUCAGUAGUUUUUUUGAAGGUGAUUUCAAUGUCACUAUGUAUAUGUAUACAGUUACUAUUAUACAAUAUACUUGUACAAUAUAGUUGUCACAGACACCUUUGUAUUUGUACUGUCAUCAGGUACAUCAACAAAUAAUCAAGAAUGAAUGAUAAAAAUAUAUCGGUAAUUAAUCCCAGACCAGUGGCAUCUAAAACCUGUAUUUAGAGAUAGCAUCUUCUUGUUGCACAAUGUAUUUAGUACUGCACAAUGUAUACAGUACAAUUACAUCUAGAUAAGUAAAGGCUGCUCUAGGACUGGUUAAACCGUUCAAGUGUUGUGAACAUGUUAAGGUCACACUGUAAUUAAUGCUCCACACCGCAGAGAGAUGCAUCAAAAGAUUAGCUUCUCUUUAAACCAGACUUCAUUCCUGCACAUCAACAUUAAAACAUUCUUAUUUCUAUUACUGUCUUCAGAACAGUUUUUGUUUUUAUUUGGAGGGGGGAUGCAUGCUUCAAACAAUAAUGAGAUCUUACCUGUGAGAGUUUAUUCUCAUUGUGGCAUGAUCUAUCUGUUAUGAUAGAUCUUUCAUUAAAGUAAUGUGAAAAUGUUGACCAAGUAAGUGCAUUUAAAUUUCUUUGUGUUAAAUCAGGAUUACACACCUAACACACUCAUUAUGCCUAUAAUCUGGUUGAUUUGACAAAUCAGAAAGGAAUCAAUGAGAUUAAUGCAUUUUCAGCUCAGGCUAAAAAUACUGCAUUUUUCUCAGAUUACGCAUUAUUGUUGGAAGUACAUUUUCUUGAAAGCCAAAAUCGUUAAGUCAGCUAGCAUAUAAUCAGCUUUCAGUUGAUGUAGUUAGUAGGUAAUAUAUCCUAAGGGAAAUGAUUGAUAGGUUAGAUUCAGAAUUAAGGGGGUAAAUUUAUACAGGAGAUUAUCAUAAUAAGAAUUCAAGUUCUUGACUUGCAAAGCUAUAUCCAACCACUACACAUUUUUUUAUUUUCUUGAUCAUGAAUAAGCUUAAAUAUCUCUACUUUUAAGUUCAAAUUUUUUUAGUCAUGGGAUAUUCUUUUUAUUUUAAUACCUACAUUCUAUAUGCAUUGAUUUUUUUAAUAUCUUUUGGGAAAUAUGUGGAUGUUAUUUCUCACUAAUACUUACAUUAAACUUGUAUCAAGUACGUGUGACAUCAAUGAAUAUCAAUUGGUAUCAAAUUUUAUUUCUUAUAUACAGCACAGUAGGCUAUUUAAAUCUGUAUUUAAUUCCCUCACCUUGAUUGGGCCCCACCACAUUUCUACCGGUAUAUAGAAUAGAAACCAGCGAACUUUAAAAACCGUCCUUAUCAAAAGUUUGAAAUAAUUUGUACUUUUUGUGGCCUAAACCAUCAAAGCGUGAUAGUUCAUUGAGAUUUGGGGGUCUGUGUCUUGUACAUUUUGUACCGUGACCUGGGCAAGGGGUUCAUUCAGAUGGAAGACAUGGAUAAUGCAUCACAAAAAGAGAGCGCUCAGUCUCGACUGUUAAUCAAGGGAGGAAAAAUUGUCAAUGAUGACCAGUCCUUUGAUGCAGAUAUAUACAUAGAGGAUGGAAUUAUCAAGCAGGUGGGAACAAAUCUGGUUAUACCAGGUGGUGCUAGAACAAUUGAGGCCAAGGGAAAGCUUGUUAUGCCAGGUGGCAUCGACACCCACACACACAUGCAAUUACCAUUCAUGGGAACAUAUGCGGUGGAUGAUUUUUACAGCGGUACAAAAGCAGCCUUGGCUGGUGGAACCACCAUGAUCAUUGACUUUGUCUUGGAUCAGAAGGGAGUGUCACUACUAGAGGCCUAUGAUAAAUGGAGGGGCUGGGCAGAUGGAAAAGUAUGCUGUGACUAUGGGCUCCAUGUUGGAGUCACAUGGUGGAGUGAACAGGUUGCCAAGGAGAUGGAAACUUUAUGUGCUGAUAAAGGUAUUAACUCAUUCAAAAUGUUCCUAGCAUACAAAGAUGUAUUUAUGUUGAAUGAUGCUGAACUGUAUGAGGCAUUUGUGCGAUGUAAAGAAUUGGGAGCGCUUGGUAUGGUGCAUGCAGAAAAUGGUCAUCUAAUUGCUGAGAAAUCAAAAGAGAUGGUGAAAAUGGGAAUCACAGGACCCGAAGGUCAUGAAAUGUGUCGUCCAGAGGAGGUAGAAGCUGAGGCUACUCAACGAGCCAUCACUAUAGCUAAUCAGGCCAGUUGUCCUCUUUAUGUGGUGCAUGUCAUGAGUAAAUCUUCAGCUGAUGUAGUGUCCAAGGCCAGGAGGGAAGGUAAAGUUGUAUUUGGUGAGCCCAUAGCUGCUAGUCUUGGCACAGAUGGAACCCACUAUUGGAACAAGUGCUGGAGACAUGCUGCUGGUCAUGUAAUGGGUCCGCCCCUUCGACCCGACUCUAGCACUCCGGGGUAUUUAAUGGAUCUCUUAGCAAAUAAUGACUUACAAGUAACAGGGACAGACAACUGUACAUUCAAUGCAGACCAGAAGGCCUUGGGUAAGGAUGAUUUCCGUAGUAUCCCCAAUGGAGUCAAUGGUGUGGAGGACAGAAUGUCAGUCAUCUGGGAAAAGGGCGUGCAUUCUGGAAAAAUGGAUCCAUGUCGAUUUGUAGCUGUGACUAGUACUAAUGCAGCCAAAAUAUUUAAUAUUUACCCACAAAAGGGCCGUAUAGCAGUAGGAUCUGAUGCAGACAUUGUGAUCUGGGAUCCCAAAGACACCAGGGCCAUUUCUGCUAAGACCCACCAUCAGGCUGUAGACUUCAAUAUAUUUGAGGGAAUGGUUUGUCAUGGUGUUCCAGUGUAUGUUAUCACCAAUGGCCAUGUUGUGUUGGAUGAGGGGCAGCUUAAGGUAACCCAGGGCAUGGGCAGAUUUAUUCCCACACCAUGCAAUGCUGAAAUGGUAUACGGGAGAGUUGCUAAACGUGAUCUGGCCAGAUUACCACAGAAGGUUGAUAGAGAUGCAUACACAGGCUCCGUGGUGAAGAUAACCAGCAAUGGAGACACCUCAGCUGUCAAGCGAGAUGAAAACCCCAUUGUUGCUGAUACUGCUUCGUUUCAACACAGCAGACCCCCGACUAGAGGUGGUGGCAGAAACUUACAAGAUUCCUCUUUUGCUCUUAGUGGUAAGCACACUAACUCUCUGGUGAAUUUUGGUGUAAAUGAAUUUCUUUGGUUUUUGAUAGAUUUCAUCAUUUUCUGCAUCUUAAUUUUUCAAAAUUUAUUAAGAUGCUCUUUUCCAGUUUCUUUAUUUUCAUAGAUGACUUUGAAAAACACCAGAAUUUCACUGUAGCUUUUGAAUAAUGAGGAAAUAUGCAUGCUUUGAAUUAUAUUGAUAAUAUAUAAUAUCCUGGAAAGGCAGAUGUAUUUUGUCAGCAUAUUUUUGCAACAAAUUAUAAUCUGGAUUAUCAGAAGGAUGAAAAAUUUACAUGUCCAAAGCUCAGAUUGAUCAAGGGUCAUAGAAAUUUAGAUGGUCAUUUACAUUUCAAAGUAAGUGUCCUCAUAUUCUAUUUUAAACUCACAACUGGUGUGGGAAUCCUGGCAUGUUCUCUUUAUGAAUAAAACAGCUUGAUUAAAAAGAAUUUGUAGCAUGGUGUAACAACAUUAACUAUUGAGCAGGUUGACGGGUGUUCAUUACACGUAUAUACAAGCAUGACAAAGAACACAAUUUGAAUAUUUAACAAUUACAAUAAAAACUGCAUGAUGUUCUCAAUAAUAUCAACAGAUGGAUGGCAGAUGGAGAUGGGUCUUCUGAUCUAUAUUUUAUCACUGUAAAUACUGUGCCACAUGGUAAUGAUAAAGCUUGGAAAAGGAUAACUACACUUGUGCAAAGUGUAUUGAAAACCAUCAAUCCAAAGAACUAGAUUGAAAUAUGAAGGGGGUUGUGUGUGGGUUUUAUUAAUAUGCUUUCAUAUAUGUUAACUCUACACAAAACAUAAGUAAUGAAAGCAUAAUACGAAUUGGAAAAGUUUCCCAUGGUCAUGGAGUGGUAAAUAUUAAUAUGCAUUCACAUACUGGGACUCAAAAACUCUUGAGACAAAAACAGAACAUCUGUUCUCCAAGUCAGAGGUGUGGUUCUAGAUGAUUAAUUCUACAAGGUGUGGUUCUAGAUGAUUAAUUCUACAAGGUGGUCAUAAAUUUUGUUGUCAGACUACAGAGUGAAAUAUUUUUAUAUUGUUAAAUCAGAUAUAUACAUUAUACAUAUCAAUUUACAUGUAUUUAGUGGAAUGUGUAUAUACAUAAAUUUAAUGAUUAUUUUGAGUUACAUCUGAAAAUGUUACUAAAACCUUCAUGCAAUGAAAUUAAAGAGAACUGUUAUUUUGUGGAUAUUGAUAACAAACUACGGACUUGUGUUUGUUUAGUGUUCAUUAUUUGUUGUGAUAUGAAGUAUCUUCUCCUUGAUUCAAAUGUAAUAACAAUUUAGACCAUUGUCAAAUUCUAGGGACCAGAAAUAGAUCUCAGUUUUCAAAAUGUGCAUUGUAUUUCAACAGGUGAACAGAUAGAUGACAAGGCUCCCCGUCGAGCUCAGAUCAGAACAUCCAAUCCCCCGGGAGGGAAGUCGUCCGGCCUUUGGUGAGGAAACCACCAUCUGAUGGUUCAUGGGACCACUUGGAUACGUCUACAUGGGGAAGAAGCUUUUUUUCGUCGCUUGUGAAGAUAUUUAUACAACUGCUGAGAGAAAUGACCAGUCACCUGUGGUUUAAUAAUGUUAGUUCGCAUCUAAGAAGACAGUUUGAAACAACUAGGAUCAAAUUGAUCACUAAGACAUUGAUAAGUUUAAUCAAGAUCCAGGAAGUAAUUCAGGUGGUUUGUCAUGUAAUGUCAGUACGUCUUUUUCCUCUGAUUUGUAGAGAGCUGAGCAAUUAUGUUGUGCUAAAUGUCAGUUCCUGUGAUACUUACCUGAAUGUCACUUUUUCAUAUUGUAAACAAGUUUGCGAUUACAUACUAUAAAAGAUCGUUUACAGGAAAGAAUAUUUUGUCUUUUACAAAAAUUUUUAUACAGAUGUUGUCUGCUAUUGCUGUAAAACUUAAAUUAGUGUAACUUUUUUUUUUAUUGAAAUCAGAUUCUGUCUCCGAUCAUGUAACUCCAGGAAGUCAUUUGGUAUCUGAGACUCGUGCACUUCCUAGCAAGGUCUAGUUGAUAAAGCUGUUUUCAUCAGAUACUGUAGCUGGACUGUGUGGUGUUUUGUGGGUGGUAUAUAAGUUAUUCCUAUCCGUUCAGUUAAAGGCAGCCUUGAUUUUUAUUCUGUUGAUGUAAUAAUACGAGUUGUGAUUAUGCUUAUUACAUGUAGUUCAGUUUGUUUUAUUGCACUGCAGAGCAUUAUGAGUAUUCUGCAGGUGUUAAUUAAACGAAUAAGAUAGGUAACAUAUUAAGUUUAUAUAAUAAUAAGUUUAAUUUGUUCGAUACUUACUUCUUGAAUGCUAGUGCUAGUCAAGAGAAGAGGAAAGCAUUGAAUACUUAGUAAUUAGGAUUUUGCAAUGAAAACGAAGUUAUAGUAUUUACACUUAUCAGGAAUUUUGACUUCAUGUAUUUCCUAUCUAUGUCACAUGUGUCUGCAAGUUUAUUAUUCUGAUAGUUGUAGCACUGCCUUUAGUAUGACUUGAAUGUACAUGUACUCUGAUUUAGCAUGUAUUGUAUGGUUAAUAAACAAUUGAAAGCAA